AUGCAGAAGGUGGUGGCCAAGCUGCCAUCCUGGGACAAAACCAAGACUCAGAGCAAGAAAGGCUUCGACAAGGCCUGGGGCUGGGCUGAUAAGCUUGGGGCGCCAAUUAACAGAUUAUCCAACCGGAUUGGCAGCGAAGCGUUCUGGCCCACGACGCUGGACAAGGAGAGUGACAAGGCGGCUCGGAUUCUGAGAUCAUUCUGCAAGGAUGGUUUCUACGCCGAGGAGGAGGACGCGAGGCCAGCUGACCAAGCUGGGCCAACGCAGAAACAGCGGGUGCUAAAAAAGAUCCCGCAGAAGGUGAUCAAAAACGCCGUCGGUCUCGCUAUUUUCACCACCAUGCGCACCGGCUUGUGGGUGUCUGGAGCCGGCGGUUCCGGUGUCCUCGUUGCCCGCGGCGAGGACGGCACAUGGUCUCCUCCGUCGGGCAUCAUGCUGCAUACGGCCGGUCUGGGGUUCCUCGUUGGCGUGGACAUUUACGAUUGCGUCGUCGUCAUCAACAAUCGCAAGGCUCUCGAGGCGUUCACCAAGAUCAGAGCCACACUGGGCGGCGAGAUUAGCGCAGUCGCCGGCCCCGUCGGAGCUGGCGGCGUUCUGGAAAACGACGGCAAAUGGAAGCAGGCAAACAGGCCGGUGUUCACUUACCUCAAGUCUCGGGGCUUUUACGCCGGCGUGCAGGUUGAUGGCACAGUCAUCAUUGAGCGGAACGACGAGAAUGCACGCUUCUACGGAGAGGAGAUUGGUGUCGCCGACAUCUUGGCCGGGAAAGCGCGUCAUCCGCCACCGGAAAUCAAGAUGCUGAUGGAAACGCUCAAGGCUGCAGAAGGCCGCACCGACGUCGACACAGAGCUCAUGGACGAACUGGAGGGACAACCAGCACCAGGUGACGUUACAGUGGAAGCCCCUGGCAGCGACAAGAUUUUUGGAAUCCCAGAAAUCGACGAUCCGGAUCCUUAUGGCGUGCUGGCUUUGGAAAAGGAAGGUCUCGAAAUCCGCGAUGCUGCAACGCGCUCGAGGCCGUCAAGCGAGCAAUUCGAGUACCACCCCAGCCCCAACAGCCCCAUCUACAACAAAUACUACCGCAAUAGCUUGGAAGUCUCUGGGACAAGAAGCCAGCGCUCGAGCUACCAGUCAGACGCCGGUUCUCCCAGGCGGCGGAAUAGGGCCGUGUCAUACACGACUAGCGAGGCCGGAACACAAACGGAACCAGUUACAAUAAUCCCCAUUUCAAGCCCAACACAGAAUGGCUUCGACCGGCAGGAGAUGUCCCAAGACGCAUCAAGUGUCUACGAAGACGUGUAUGAAAGCGACGACAAGAAGAUUGACGGCAGUCCGUAUCAUUCUACCAGCGAUAAUCCCUGGGGCUCAGGCGAGAUCGAGCACGGCAUCAACGGGAUCUAUGGCAUAGAAAACCACCUGACGACGGUCGAUGACGACAAAAUCAACACACCCAACACUACGAUUGGGAAUGAAAAGGUCAUGGUGCGGAUCCCGCCACCUUUGCCCCCGAGAAAUCCCCUACAUACGAAUAGUGGCCUCGAGGAAAUUAGCCUCAAGUAG